CCAUGAUCAACGCAACGUUCCGAGUCGUUCUCUCAGGCCGAUCGAUGGUGAGGGAAGUUCCUUCCUAGGUGAAGAAGGCUAUCGUACGCACAAUACCAACAUCAAUCUCCAUGAUUCAUUGUCAUCGAGAACUUCACAUCGCACGGCAGGCUGAUUCGGGACCUAACUUUGUGCUGGCCAGGAGUGCCCACGGGCAACUGCCCACCCAGACAACCUCAAUUCUCUCACCCCGCAUCAUCAUCAUCGCGUUUAACAGCAUCAUUCGAAUAACCACCCACCAUGGACUACAGUACAUCAAUACACGAUCAGGACAAUCCCGCUGAGGCAUCUCCCUGGGGAAAUUCGCCCACCUCGUCACCGCGACACAAUCGGACCGGCUUCGGUGCGAGCGAACCGCCGAGCUCACCCUACCGAUAUCCAUCCCAAAUCUCCAACAACGGCCUCGACGACGGCGGCUUCGGCGCAAGCGAUGCCGAGUACAGGAGGCCCGACACUGCGAGCACCGUCUCGCAGACCACUGAGCCUCGGUCAGACGAGCCAACGACGGCUGACAGCGCCCCGGAAAAUCAAGGCUUUACAGCGGGCGGACAGGGUCUGAUCUCGCCUGUUCCGCAACAGGCUCAUAAAUCGCAAGCCGAGCAGGCGCGGCCACAGGAACACCAGCAGCCUCGGAAACCUCCGCCGCCGCAAUUCAAGCUGCAGGCUAAGAUUACCGGGCUGGAACGCACCGGGCGCAAGGAUCCCAUUCUGAGAUUCGAUGUGCAUACAAACCUUCCCGCGUUCCGGACAACGCAGUACCGUGAUGUGCGACGCCUUCACUCCGAAUUCAUCAAGCUCGCCGAGCACCUCAUCUCGGCGAACCCUGAGGCCAUUGUUCCCUCGGUGCCGCCUGCGCUGACAUCUGCCGGCGCGGGGACUGAUGAGGACGAGAUCCGGGUUAAGGCACUUAUGCAACGGUGGUUCAACUACGUCUGCAGCAACGAGGUCCUAAUGCGGGACGACGAGAUGGUGCUAUUUGUCGAAAGCGACUUUGGCUACAGCCCCAUGGUCAAGAAGAAGCAGCCCGCGACAGGCGUGCGGCGCAAGAUCCUCAAGCAGUUUGCGCCGCCUCCGGAUGAUACCCCUGAACUUCAAGAAGCCCGCCCUAUUGUCAAGUUGUUCUACUUGGGCGCUAUGGAUGCGGGGCACAAAGUCGACAAACUGGUCAAGUGUCGCAGAGGUCUUGGGCUCGCUGAAUCCGACUUUGGCGUCAAGCUAGGCGGCAUGAGCGUACAGGAACCACACCAGGGCCUCGCUAACGCAUACCGCAAGCUCGGCAAGAUUAUCCAGACGGUCGGCGACUUCCACGCGGCGCAGGCGACGGCCGAAGCCACGACCAUUGGCGACCCGUUCCAGUACCACUCUCAAGACGCUUUCAUCGUCAAGGAGACUCUCACCAACCGGCAAAUCCUGAUCCGCGAGUUCCUCCAGGCGCAAGAGGUGUCACGCAGCAAGCUUAACGCCGCGGACCGGCUCAAGGCGUCGUCUAACGUGCGCCGCGAAAAAGUCGACGAAGCCAUUGCCGCCCUCGACGAGGCCCGCCACAACGAGGCGGCUCUGUACCAAAAGACGACGCGCGUCACCCAGAACCUCGUGCACGAGCGCCGCAAGUGGUUUGCCCGUACCGCUGCUGACCUGCGCCUGUCGAUCCGCGAGUACGUCCUCCGCGAGAUCGAGGCCGAGCGUCGCACCCUCGCCCUGCUCGAGAGCGUCCGCCCGGACAUCAGGUCCAUCGAUGCCAGCGGCGGCCUGAGCCGCCUUGGCCGCGAGAGCCACCCCGCCGUGCGCCGCGCAAACCUGGCCGCCUCGCAGGGCCCCAAAGGCGACGCGUGGAGCGGCGUUCCGAGGCGCAGCGCCGAUGCCGGGAGCUUGCGGAGCCCCUUGGUCGGUACCAGCUCUGUAGCCGACGACGUUGCUGGCGAGGGAGAAGAGGGAGGGCAAGGGGGCAGGGCGAGGUCGUUGAGCGGGGCUAGGGGCGGAAGUGGGCUCGCUGGCUUAGCGGAGGAAGACGAUGAAGACAGGGUGGAUGCGAGGAAUGCGGCUAGUCGGUUGGCGACGAGCACGUUCUAAGGUGGUUCUGAGGUCCGUUGUAUGUACUGUUACCUACCGCGCUUGCGCUUGCUGCCGGUUGUGGCGUAGCCGCGUGGGUGGCUUGCAUUACGUUAUGUUACCUUUGGGGCAUUCUGUUAUCAUGGCGGUGCGCCGAAGAUCACCGAUUUCCGCUCCCCUCUGAGUCAGACUGUCUGUCUCGUGCAACGUAGGAUGUCGCAGGCAGGGAACCACAUUACGAUGCAAGUUAUGUGCUGCAGAGAAUCAUCGUACAUACCCAGCAGUACAUUGGUCGAUAAACUCGUGCAUGAGCGAACAUCCGGCUAGAUAUCCGACAGGGCCGUUCCAUCAUGGGGGGAGGG